AUGGCUCACCAACAGCCUGAAGGCAACGAACUCGCAGUCACGAGAAUCAUGUUGGAGCAGGUCAUAAAGCAGCUUGCGCAGAGAGACAAAGAUAUUUCCUUUUUGAAAGAAGAAUUGGCCCGACUGCACCGAAAGAGUCCAUCGGCAGAUGUAGCUACACCUUAUUCCACUGACUCAGCUGUGGUGGAGUCUGCUUGGGGUGACAAAGGCUUCGUAUCCACACCAGGAACGCCGACGUCCAUCACAGCCGAAUACGCAAGGUCCAGGGAGCCGUCAGUCACAUCCUCAGACGAUGGAACGACCACGUCACAGCAUAUGGGCGGCGAUCUCAACACUCUCGCCAUACAUAAUCAUACCGAAGCUUCAUCAGACGAGUGCGGUGAAUCUCAGCAUGAAGAUGAGGUGUCUGGCGAUUCUUGGGCCUACCAACCCGCCGCCCCAUCGUCUACAGUCUGGGACAAUCAGUCUUCAACAUCUACAGUCCGGGAAAAUGAGUCUCCAGGGCCCAUUACGUGGGAUGAAGGAUACCCUGACGAUUCCGGUACAUACGCAUGGGCAAAUAAUACUGCGCCAAGCUGGGUCGUCGAGGGUUCUAAUAGCCCGGGAGCGAACGAUGAGGUUUUCCAACCCGGCGAGCCUCCAAAGUGGAGGAGUUUAAAGCUGCGACCGGAAAGCAAAUCUUGGCUCCAUCCCCUGUCAUUCUGGGGAUCACCUCACACCAUGUCAGACGCCAGGUACAAGGACUUGAUUGACCUACACGCGAUCCCGCUGGUGACACGGCUCGAGGAAGACGACUGGCUGAACUCGUCCCUGGAGAAUGUACGUGUCGACGAUUUUCUUCUUUUCCGACUUCUCACAAGAGGCCGUGAACUCGCACAGAAGUGUCUCUGGACAUACAUGGACAAGAACCGACCGCACAUACGCGACCGAGCAUUUCCUGGAGGUUGGCAUCAAGUGAGGCUUGAGGUUACUGUGAUGCGCGAAAUACUGGAGUUCAGGUGCCUGAGCUACCGCGAAAACCGCGCAGACCUGGCAUACGAUGCAGUGUUCAACGUUAUCCCUCUCAGGCACCUCACGUGCCAUUGGAACCAGGGAGACCUUGGCUGGUCCCGACCUGCUCCUAGAGUGGUGGACUACCAUCUAAAGAACGUCCAGAAGCUCGCCAUCCAUUUCUACGACGAGGAGAAAGCGAUGGAGGCGCGCAAGCUAAGGGACGAGGCACGCCGGCUUGUCGAAGACACGGUGAGCGAACUGGAGACGCUAGAGCCACUGUUUGAUGAGUACGCAUGGAAGUACCACCAUGAGCAGAUGUUUGAGCAAAUCCGGUUCGCCAGGGACGAGGGCGACCCCGAUCUGUUCAAAUACCCAGACGUAAUUUUCAGAGCCGCGGAUGCUUGGUGGCGGCGCCGCUCUUCUGAAGUCCAGACAAUCCUGGUCUCGGAGAAUCAGACUCCUUCUAAGCCGGAGGACCGUCAGGAGAAGCCCCAAGUGGAAAAGACCCAGACGAAAUCCGGGGUGGAGGAGGGCCAGGUGGCGAACCUGAGGAGGAAGAAGUUCACCGUCAGGAAGCUCAGCCGUCGCCACAGCAUAUGUUCCAUAGAGACGUAUAGUUACUCGGUGAGUAUGUAG